AUGGACAUCGGCAUGAUGAUGGCAAACGGCGGGUGCGAGCGCACCGAGACUCAAUGGCAGAGCAUCAUCUUCGCGGCUGGGCUCAAGAUAGUGCGCAUUUGGUUCUCCGGCGACGGGACGGCGGGUAGCGAAGGCGUUAUUGAAUGUGAGAUCAGAUAA